AUGGGAAAUCAACUGGAUCGGAUCACCCACCUCAACUACAGCGAGCUGCCCACGGGGGAUCCGUCCGGGCUGGAGAAGGACGAGCUUCGGGUCGGCGUCGCCUACUUCUUCUCUGACGAAGAGGAGGAGGUGGAGGACCGCACUCCGUCCGACUGCGGCUUCACCAAGGACCUGAGCCCGGCCGAGGAGGGACCCUUCUCGGUCAGCGAGGUGGAGUACUCGGCCUUCUGCUCCCAGGAAUGCAUCUUCUCCAAGCUGCGGGAGAACGAGGACCUGAACGUGUACGCGGCCAAAACUUUGCUGACGAUGUGCAAACCGGGCGACCUGCUGGAGCUGGUGGCCGCCGCGCAGCCGCCCCACUGGGUCAUCUACGAGCAGGACGACCGGGUCAUCCACCUGCACAAGGGCGAGAUCCGCAAGGACAGCCUGCUUGAGAUCAGCAACGGCCGCCACGGCAGGAUAGCCAACAACCGGUACCGGUACCGGCCGCUGCCGCCGGACCUGGUGAUGCAGAACGCGGCGGGACACCUGGGCCUGCGCAGCGAGGAGAUUUGCUGGACCAACUCGGAAAGUUUCGCCGCCUGGUGCCGCUUCGGGAAGCGGGAGUUCAAGGCGGGCGGGGAGGCGCACUCGGCGGAGCAGCAGUACUUCCUCAAAGUGCACCUGUCCGGCAGCGGCGUGCACACGCUGGUGUUCCGCAGCCUGGAGGACAUGAUCCGGGAGCGGCGGCGGGUGGACGCCAGCGGGAUCCUCAAGGAGCUGGUGACCGGGGGCCAGCCGUGA